AUGCAAUCUCACAUUGAAGACGGGGACAAGGAACUGAAGAAGCCUGUUCUCUUCACCGAGUUCGGGCUCUCGAAUCUGAACAAGGACUAUGAGCCGUCGCAGCGUGAUCGGUUCUACAGAACAAUCUUUGAUGUUGUGUACAAAUCAGCCAAACGCAAGAGGUCAGGCGCAGGAACACUGGUGUGGCAGUUUUUGAUACAAGGCAUGGAAGGAUUCAACGAUGACUUUGGGAUAGUACCCUGGGAGAAAGAAUCAAUCCAGACACUAAUGAUUGAGCAAUCUUGCAGAUUGGCUCGGGUCACAGGACGGCAUCUUCAAGACAAGAAGUGGAGAGAAAUAUGUUCGCACAGACCAUGA